CACACCGAACGGAACGGUUAUCUUGACUAAACGUUAAAGAACAAGUUCAGAAGCACUGGUUUAGCAGUACUACUUAUAGUAACUGGCAGAAAUCAGACUUAUUAAUUUGUUCCCUGUUGGAAUUUCCCUGUGUGCCAUGUGCACGGUUUGAGCAUUAGUUCCCUGGGGUGAUUCUGGGUGACAUACGAGGCUACUCAGAUGUCAGUACCUGAAUAUGUAAUAGUUCUUACGAGUGUUUCUUCGAGAUGGGGUUAGGAUGGCGUUUUGUUUUGUUAGUGGCCUUAGUGGCUUUGUCUGAAGGACAGAGCAGUGAUCGGAUGGACGCUCAAGUGUGCUAUACGGCUAACUGCAAUGCCACCGCGAAUGAAAUCUUGUCAUCAAUAGACACCCUAGAGCAACCAUGCAACAACUUCUACCGGUAUGCCUGCGGUGGCUGGAUUCGCUCACAUCCGCUGACCAAUGGCCAAGUUAGCUCGGACCGUUACGAAAAGCUGCGCGAAGAAAAUGAAGAAUUUGUGAAAGGUUUCAUCAAAAACGCCAAGGCGAGAGCCGAAUACCAGCAGGUCAGCGCGGUACAAAAACUGUUCAAGUACUACGACUCGUGCAUGAACAUGACCAAGUUAGACCGCUUGGACGCCGCGCCUCUAACCGCCCUCUUACAAGAUUACGCACCGUCCAAGCUUCUUCAGCCAGACUGGAACGGGGAUGACUGGGACCUAGAAUCAAGCGUCGCUAGGCUCGUGAAGGAGCUUGGGGCCAAACCGCUAUUUGAGGUCAAAGUAGAACUAGAUGCCGACAAUAGCAGCUUUUACUUCAUAAGUCUGAAGCAACCGUCCAAGUUCAGUAUUCCACGGCAUCAACUGUCGCAAAAGGCGGCCGGCAAAGAGGCACGGAAUAAGCUUCUUGGUCUCAUGAAGAACAUCACAAACGCUCUGGGCGCGGACCAGGUAGCUCUCGCUAAAUGGCUUCCACAGGUCAUCCGCUUCGAGAGGCGACUGGAAAAGGCAGCUCUUCCCGAUAAUAGCAUCACAACUGAGGUUAUGUCUAUCAAGGAUUUUCAGUUAUUGGUAGAUCCCAUCUCCUCAUCUAUUAAUCUUCAGAUUGACUGGCAAAAUCUUCUUCAAGAAAUAUUCUCCGACACUCAAUAUCAGAUAACAUCUAACACAAAGAUAAUUGUCAACGGAUUAAGAUACUUCAAGAAGAUGAUCAAGUACUUGAAAAAGACGCCAAAACAGACAAUAGCUAACUACCUGACGUGGAAGUUAGCCCAAGAUUUUCACCUCAAACUCGGUCAGCGGUUCUCGAGCAUCCACAAGCAUUACCAGACCUCUAUCGGUGGCCUGUGGGCACAGGGAGACCGCCAGGAAAAAUGUAUGGAGGAGUUGUCAAGUCUGCAAGGUUUUGCCAUGCCGCUGACCAGGAUAUUUGUGGACAAAAAAUUCCAACAAGGAAAUAAGAAAUGGAUUCUACAAGCUACAGACCGCAUACGACGUGUAUUCAUCUCAGGACUGGACGAGAAUGAGUGGAUGGAUAUGGGAACGAGGGAAAAAGCCAGAAUGAAGGCCAAUGCUUUAAUGGAAGUAAUCGGGUAUCCUGACUGGAUUAUGAACAACACACUGAUGAACACGAUGUUUGAUGAUAUUGAUAUCAAUCCCAGUACUUACUUCGAGAAUACCAUCUCUCUGGUGAAGUCCUGGGUCAAACGACAGUACCAGAAGGCGGGGAAGCCUAAGAACCCCCAAGAGUGGACGAUGUCACCGGUGGAGAUAAACGCCCAGUAUGAGGACAGCUAUAACAGAAUGGUCUUUCCAGUCGCCAUACUUCAGCCUCCAUUUUACGAUAGUCGCUACAAUGGAGCUGUGAACUUUGGAGGCAUAGGAAGUGUUAUUGGCCACGAGCUCACACAUGGAUUUGAUGAUUCUGGAAAAAGAUACGAUAGCAAAGGCAGUCAGGUGGAAUGGUGGACCGAUAUCACAUCGGACGAGUUCAAGACACGAGCAGACUGUCUCGUCAGUCAGUACGGAUCAUUCACUUUUAACGGCGAAAACGUUGACGGCAACAGGACGUUGUCUGAGAACAUUGCGGAUAACGGCGGCCUGAAGCAGGCGUACAAGGCGUACAUGUCCUGGGUGGAGGAGUACGGGGAGGAGCAAAUGUUACCCGAGCUUGGACUUACAAACGAACAAGUUUUCUUCGUGAGCUUUGCACAGAAUUGGUGCACAACAUAUGACAGUAGCAUCGACGACGACAAGAAAAGUAAUUACAGUCCCACGCCUAUCAGGGUUAACGGCUCCUUGAGGAACUUUGCUAAGUUCGCGGAAGCCUUCCAAUGCGCUGACGACUCACCCAUGAGCCCAAAGCAAAAGUGCCCUGUGUGGUAGCCCUGUGGAGGCGCGGCUUACAGAGCGAAAAUUCCCAAUUGUUCAUUCAAAUGUAGUUUUGGAUUCUUACUUCUAUGAUUCUUUGUAUUAGUUUGCUUUUUUGUAUUUCUGUCAAGUGUUUUGGGGCUGCUUUUAGUAGAUUGUCAAGUGAAAUCUUUAUUAUUAAAGGAAACUCAAGUGUU